CUGUUGUAAGAACAUAUACGAUAAAGAAUUUACUUUAAGGAAAUAGAGACAAAGAGCAAGAGAGAGAGAAAGAGAGAGCGUGGCAAAGCGCAAAGACAGGUAACCAAGGCAGCUGGCCCUGCAGGAUGUAGGCACACCUAUUGUUUUUUCAGAUAGCAGGGUCCGUACAUCAGUCAGGUAAUCCAGGAGAAAGUAUUAAAGCAAGAAGUCAAAUCAAGUUACUCAAAUCUAAUCCACCUGCUACUCGAUAAACAGAUAGCUUCAGGUGGGAAAGAACAAGAGACCACAACAGUGACCUCACUGAGCCAAAAUGAGUACCGUGUACCAUCUGCUGGCUGCCAUUUUGUUCUUUAUGUCUACUUUGUGUUCAGCCACUUUCAGUCCUUUCUCACCAUCAAAGCCCAUAAAUAUCUCUGGUCUAGUCAUUGACUUAACACUUUUGAACAAUGCUUCUUCUUAUCUCCUAAAUAAAACUGAAGAGGAUAACUUGUUGAAUGGAGUAGUUCAAAGCAAUAACCAAAUAAAUCCAUCAGUUUCUCCUGAGGAUUCUGUCAUUAGAUUAAGUACAGAAGCUGUUACUUCCCUGGAAAUUUCCACCUUUGAUGGUGAACAAAAUACAGUAAAGAGGACACAUGUUGUUAAUUCAGAUUUAGGUUACAUUAAACCAAAUAUUACCAGUCUUGGAAGGUCAAAUAUAUCUGAAUCAGAUGAAGACUCACAUUCAUCAAAUCACACUUUUAGUGCAAUACAUGACAACAUAAAUAGCAGUGAGUUACCGAAGGCUAAUUUGUCAUUGGCAAUGGUCAAACCGCAAGGAAUGGAGACUACAGUACCAUUGCCCACAAUCCAAACCAGUGUUAGCAAAAUUUUAAAUGCUAUCACUCAACAAAUCAAUACAAUUACAAAGGAAAACAGCGGUAAUGAACAUGUGAAAAUAACAGAAGCUAGAAGUAUAACACGGGAUACCAGCACACUGCCAAAAAAUGAAAUUGGAGUAAAAGUACCUAAAGGGGAGACAGUUAAAUAUGUCAGUGGACUGACCAAAAGAACAGAAUCUCCAACGACCUUACAAGGAAGUGUGGCAAGUAGGGCAAUGGCAGUAUUCCUAGCCAUAGCGAUAGCCCUUGUUGCUUUCUUGGCAUUGAUCUAUUUCAUCUAUGCUAGGAGCCAGAGGAAAGACCUUUUCUCUCACCAUCGGCUCUAUGAUAACGGAUAUGAUGAGCCUGUUCAUUACCUUGAUGGUCCCAUGGAUUUUUAUGAUGGAACACCUAUGGAUGGGGCUUAUGGAUCUAUUGUGUCUGACAGACCAGCUUCCUUGCAGCUGCCAGCUCAAGCUUGUGACCAAGGACCACCACUUGGAAUUUCCAGCAUGGAACACCUUCGUGAUAUCAUUCAGCUUGACGCCAUACCUCCGCCAAAGAUAUCAAAGACAGCCGUAUAAUGAAAAAAACUGACUCACAAGUGGCAGUUGUAAAACAUGUACAGUUGUGACAGGCUGUAGCAUCACAAGGAACAUCUAACAAAACCAUUUUGUUGUACUGUCAUUUGUAGGUCUGUUUAAACAGUCUGUGUAGGCAAAUUUCCAUAAUGCAGGAGUAGUGUACCUGUUAUGUCAUUUCCUGAGUAGCCUCCAUUCAUUGGUUUUACUGUUACUGCAGGAGAGUGCUUGACCAAGCAUAGGAAUUGGGAAGUAGAACUGGGGUACUACUUCUCGAUAUAUUGAAAAGUAACAGGGCACACUUAGCAGUAGGUGUCCAUUGGACACAACAUAGCAGAAGUUUCAUAUUGUGAUAUACUUCUCAUCUUUGUUGAUCCAGCCAGAGGACAUGAUAAACCCUCAAACCUGCUUUUUAUGAAUCCUUGUGCAGUGCAGGUAAAAUACUGAGAUAGAAUGGAGUCAAAGGUGAGGUUUGUGGUAGGAACAGACCAAAUAAAUUAGUAGCAUGCAUGGUGUUCUAUGUUUUUAUUUAAUGAUCAUAUGACAUGGAUAUUUGUUAGUGACAUGCCAUGUAAAAUGGUCUUUUGCUCAAAAACUUGAAAGAAGUGAAGACAUUAAAACUGAAUUUAUAUUAUUUCUUGUAUUUCAAAGGAUUUCCUCAGUUUAAUCCUAUAUUUCUCUUCAAAAACUAAACUUUCCAUAACUUGGGGGUUGUAAUCCUUUGAGGUCAGCUUAAUUUUCCAUUGCAAUCAACUUUAUCCAUGCUGUCCCUCCCAUCGGGAUUAACAUAAUAGUAGCUGACUUGUUCUUUUUCUAUGACUUGCAGGAACAUAUUUCCCUUCUCACCCGCAAUGAAAUAUAAAAAAUUAAUAAUAAAAAGUGCAUAGUGCAUAUAAGUUCCAGAGUCUCCUCACUUUCCAUGUUUGUCACCUUUAAUAAAGAAAACCAUUCAGUCUGUGCUUUUUUCAAACAAAAAACUGCAACAACUAUCAGCUACCUCCCCUGUACUGUUGCCUCCAAUUCUUUGAGUUCUGUUUUUACUCAGUAACAAAAUAGUUUAUAAUAAUGAACGGCUUACUGGGGUGGGGGGGGGGGGUGCCACACCUCAGCUGUAACUACUUUUACAACUGAAAAUUAUCCAUUUCUGCUCUAGUUUUAUUUAAUCUACAAUUAUUAAAUGUUUCUGUUGUCAUUGAUUUUAUGUUGAGUGGAUCUUCAGAUCCCCUGUUGAUUCUCCCCCUGAGGGGCAUCUGUGCCCCCUCCUACACAAAUCCAUACUCUGUAGAUAGUUAGUUACACACAUCUGUACUCUAUUUGUAGAUAGCUAGUUACACAAAUCCACACUCUGUUUGUACAAAUCCAUACUCUAGAUACUUAGUUACACAAAUACAUUAUCUAUUGUAGAUAGUUAGCUCCAGUGGUUUCCAUGGACCUUUUUUCACGUGAAUAAAACUGCAAGCUGAAGUAAGCAGCCCAGUGCAUUUGCAAGGGUGCUCAAUUUUGGUACAUCAGUGACAGUUUUAAAUCUGGACCUUAACUUUACCAUAUCUUAUUAUUUUUGGCACUGUGUCCUUCAAUACACCAUUUCUUGUCAUUGGUAGAACUGGCAUAAUGCACUUUUACCAUAAAGGCAACUACAUGCUUGCUACAGGAAAAUGCAUUAUUUAUUAAGCAGUUUUACGAGUUGAAUGUGUUAAAAACUGGAAAUAAAAGAAUACUGUAAACAACCAAUUAAGAGACAUGUAUUUUAUAUGCUGCAUAUUUAUCACUUGAAAUUUCAUUUUUGAAAGCAGCUAAAAACGUGUACUAUUAUUGUAAAGCUUUAGAAGUGAAUAUAUUAAAUGUUUAGAUAAAUACAUAAAAUCUUAAGGUAAUAGAUAUUCAUUAAAUAUGAUAACUGCAGCUUUA